GGAAGUGAAGAAAAACUAGUUUGUACAUCCUCAUAACACUCGUUUCAGUCACUCUCAGGUUUAAACGUGAUCACUCACAGUCGCCGUACGGAACAGAACCAAAUAUCUUGUCAUUUGAAGACAUUUUAGUGACUACACAUCUAUCCAAGAAAAAUGUUCGGACCAGAACUGGUGGACUCGAGGAGUCGCUUUCGCUUUUUUGAGUCAUGUCUUGGUUUGAUGGGCUGUUUGUGUAUCAACUAUGCGAUCUGGACACCUCGUUGGCUCAGUGACAGGGGUUUGUGGACCGGUAAUGAGACAAGAACAGAGGACAGAUGGACUGAUGAGGACAUUGCUAAAGGUAUGGAGGCUGAACGAGUCUUUGCAGUGGUUGCUUUCCUUAUGUCAAUCAGUUCUGGAGUGCUGUGUCUCAUGCUCGCCCUCUGCUGGACAUCUCAAACAGUGCGCUCCUACUCCAACACUCGAUCACUGCUGAUGGCAGGCCAAGCUCUUGACCCAAGCUCACUGCUGAUCUUCACACUAGUACCGACAGGAUUUUUCUUUUUUCUCAGCUGGGCAUUCUUUACCCAUCGGCACAUAUCUGAAAUUAGGGAUGACGUCACUCAACUCGGACUAUCCUAUUGGCUGGGAGUGGUGGGCUGGGGUUUGCUAUUGGCAGUGCUGCCCAUAGUCUUCAUUGCUGAGAAGUGUGUGGUUCCUGACAUUCUGCCAGAGCUAAUGGAGUCUGCCGAUAUGUGGUGGAAGGCGCCAGAAGUUGCACACGCACGAUCGUUUAGCGAGGGCUGCCAUGGUUCAGAGCACAAGUUUCGUCCUGACUUCAGGAGGUAUAUUUCAGUGCCUUGAACGAGGGGAAAGAGGUCACAAGGAAAUGCUAAAGGGAAUCUUCUCUAGCCUGAUAUGAGCUGAAGAUUUGUCUCAAAAUGGGUCAAGUACCAGGAUGAGUGUCCUCCAAGAUGCUGGACACAAAUGGGUUAUAUUAAGGUUUGGUGCUCGGUUUGUCCGUAGUGCAUUUGAGCAAGGAUGCUGAAAAAUGUGGUGAAUCCACAAAAUGGAUUCAGAAGUAAACUAAAGUACUAAAAUUCACACCCUCCAAUUCGCACUUUAGCAGUUGUGGUUGUUUAUUUCCCACAUUUCACAUUUUUGCAGACAAUCAAACAGUCGAAGCUGCUUCACCGAAGCACUUUUGUGUAAGAUGGACCCUUAGGUGCUAAUGGAGAAUUCAACACUACUUGAUGGAGCUAGUUUUUUUUUACAGUACGAGCAAACAGUGCUCUCUAGUGGUGAUACUUUGAAGAGCAUUAUAUUCUGUCACUUUUAUGU